AUGACGGGAAUAGUUAGAUAUAUUCCCAAGAGCUCUUUAUGGCUCUGUCCGAUGUUUCUGAUCGGUUCGGACCUUAUUACGAAUUUAUAUGGUGGCGAUAAAGGACGGGCCAGUGUGACACGCCAGGUGCAGCGUAAGGGCAAAAAACUACUUGCUUCGCGUCGACCACGACGUCAAGAUGAACGGUCAAAUGCAGGUCGUGGUGGUUGA